UGUGAAGCUUUAUAUUUGGCUCCGCCCCCUCACCUGUGUUUCAGAACACCUGAAGAUCCACACGGGCUUCAAGCCCUACAGGUGUGACGUUUGUGGGAAAUCGUUCAUUCGAGCUCCGGAUCUGAAGAAACACGAACGUGUUCACAGCAACGAGAGGCCGUUCGCCUGCCAGAUGUGUGAGAAGGCCUUUAAACAUAAGUCCCACCUGAAGGACCACGAGAGGAGACACCGAGGAGAGAAACCCUUCGUCUGUCCGUCCUGCAACAAAGCCUUUGCCAAGGCGUCGGAUCUGAAGCGUCAUGAGAACAACAUGCACAGCGAGAGGAAGCAGCUGAAUCCUCUGCAGAGCGACACGGAGACGCUGCAGGCCGCCGCCAUGGCCGCAGAGGAGCAGCAUCUGGACAGCAUCAGCUGCUCCUAACAUCUGGUCAGCAUCAGCUGCUCCUGACAUCUGGACAGCAUCAGCUGCUCCUAACA